AGCCUGGGAGCUAGGGCAUACUGCAAUGUCGCGGUCUGCGUGCGCUUGUGGCCGUCCAGCCGUCCACUGUCCUAGUCCCGUGACACGGCCGGCUGAGUCAUCCGCACACUGAUUUUCGUAACUUCUUCCAACAUCAUCAUACCGAUCCGCGAGCUCUGCAGACGACCAUCCUACGCCCCAUCGCGCUGCUUGCACCAAGUAUCCUACUGCGACAUACGCAGUCGGAUUCUCCACUCUCGCCUGCCCAGCAUGGCCCCCCCGCCGCAUAGCAAGCCUGAGAAUACUCUCAAGCGCGCCCAAGAACUCAUCGGAGUGAAACAGCCACAAGCCGCCCUGCAGCUCCUCCACGAGCAUGUCGUCUCCAAGCGCACGCGGAACAGCCCUAUCGCCUCGCUGGAGCCGGUGAUGAUACUCUUUGUCGAAUUGUGCGUUGACUUGAGAAAGGGCAAACUCGCCAAAGACGGCCUGUACCAGUACAAGAACACUGCCCAGAACACAAAUGUCGGGACGAUCGAGCUUGUCUUCAAGAAGUUCAUCGAACUGGCCGAGCAGAAGGUCACCGAGGCACAGGCCAAGGCUGACGAGGUGCAAUCUACCCUCGAGACUACAACCACUGCUCAGAAUAUCGACGAUCUUGAGGCUUCUGAGACUCCCGAGUCUAUCCUCCUAUCCACCGUCUCCGGCGAGCAGUCGCGCGACCGCACAGAUCGGGCUAUUGUUACCCCAUGGCUGAAGUUCCUGUGGGAGACGUACCGCACUGUCCUGGACAUCUUCAAGAACAACGCUCGUUUGGAGAUCAUGUACCAGUCAACGGCACACCAGGCGUUCCAGUUCUGCUCCAAGUAUGCGCGAAAGACCGAAUUCCGCCGUCUCUGCGAGCUCCUGCGGAACCAUCUUCAAAACGCAGCCAAGUUCUCCUCUCAGAUGCACGCCAUCAACCUCUCCGACCCGGAUACGUUGCAGCGGCAUCUUGAUACCCGCUUCCAGCAGCUGAAUGUUGCAGUCGAGCUCGAGUUGUGGCAGGAGGCCUUCAGGAGCGUCGAGGACAUCCAUACUCUUCUGAGCUUGAGCAAGCGUCCGGCGAAGAAUAUAAUGAUGGCCAACUAUUUCGAAAAGCUCACGCGCAUCUUCCUGGUCAGCGAAAACUACCUCUUCCACGCUGCGGCCUGGAGCCGGUACUACAACCUCCUGCGCCAGUCUGCCGCUGCUGUCGCUUCUGGACAAAGCCUGAAGAAGGACAAUCCCGCCGUCACCGAGGCAGACAUGACUAAGGCUGCCUCCUUCGUCCUUCUUUCAGCUCUCUCUAUUCCUGUCAUUAGCACGUCUCGCUCGCGGGGUGCUCUUGUCGAUGUCGACCAGGCCAGGAACAACAAGAACUCGCGUCUGACCAACCUGCUUGGCAUGUCCCAAGCUCCCACGCGUGCAAUUCUGUUUAAAGACGCUCUGAGCAAAGGACUUCUAAAGCGAGCCCGCCCCGAGAUCCGCGACUUGUACGACAUCCUCGAGGUCGAUUUCCACCCGCUCUCCAUCUGCAAAAAAAUCUCACCAAUCUUGGCUAAGAUUGGCGCUGACGAGGAAAUGAAGAAGUAUGUGGGGCCGCUCCAGCAGGUUAUCCUCACUCGCCUAUUCCAACAGCUGUCUCAAGUGUACGACUCGGUUGAGAUCCGGUUUGUCCUUGACCUUGCUCAGUUCCCCGAUCCUUUCCAAGUCAGUAGUGGAACUAUUGAGAAGUUCAUCAUGAAUGGAUGCAAGAAGGGCGAUCUAUCUAUCCGAGUCGACCACGCUACUGGUGUCCUCACCUUCGAUUCAGAUGUUUUCUCCUCUGCCAAGGCCAUGCACCCAGGUUCUGGUGCUGGGUCAGCCGAGACGGAAGUUCGCUCUGUCCAACGGCUUCAGAGUACUCCCGCGGAAAUUGUCCGGUCUCAGCUUACCCGUCUUGCUAAGUCACUGUUCGUCACCUGCCAAUACGUUGAUCCCUUAUUCAACGAAGAGCGACAGAAGGCAAAAGCGGCUGCGCUACUUCGAACGAAGGAGGGCGCUGAGCAAGAGCACCUUGAAACUCUCGCUCGUCGUGACAUCAUCACGCGCAAGAAGGAGGCGGCCUCAACUGCCCUAGCUCAGAAAGAGAAGGAGGAGGCUACCCGGAAAAGGAUUCGCGCUCAGCAGGCUCAGGAAGCCGAGACCCAACGUCUAGCUGAGGAGCAGCGUGCCCGAACCCAACAGCGCAUUCAAGCAGAACAAGCGCGUGUGCAGCGUGAGGAAAUCGAGAAGCAGCUCAAAGAACUCAAGCAAGGCACUAAGGUUGACAUUGAUAUUCCCGAAGAUAUCACUGAGUUGGAUUCUACUCGUAUUCGCGCCCUCAAGCUUGCAGCUCUCGAGAAAGAAAAGGACCAACUUGCGGAGCAGCUCCGCAUCACAGGCAAGAGGAUCGAUCACUUAGAGCGAGCUUAUCGAAAAGAAGAAGUCAAGCAUUUGAAGCAAGACUACGAGAGGCAAAUGAUAGACGAUGUGGCUGCAUAUGAUAAAUCUAAGGCUGAGGAGCUGAAGGAAGCCGAGCAAAAGCAUAAGGAAGAUGUUGCUUUGAAGCAUCGUCUCUCCAGACUAGUGCCAAGCUACCAGAAAUUCGUCACGGAUGUGAAACAGCAACGCAAAGCUGAGUUUGAGAAGCGAAGCAGGCAAGCACAAAAGGAACUGGAAAGCAAGAAAUCGGCUCGCGUUAGAGAGAUCAAGGAGAAGAGGGCUCUCGAGAGGCGUGAACGUGAAGAAGAAGAGCGCCGUCAGAAGGAAGAAGAGGAGAGGCUGAGGGCAGAGGCUGAGGCUAAAGCCAAGGCAGAGGAAGAGAGACGCCAGAGGUUCGCUGAGGAAAAGGCUGCGAAGGAUUUAGAGCGACGAAAACUCGACGAAAUCGCUGCUAAACAACAUCAGCGAGAGGAGGAAGCGAUUGCCAGGCGCCUGGCACAGAAAACCGCCCCUCCUCCAGAGCGUCCGAUCUCUCGCGAUCACACCUCCGAACAAGCCCCUUCCGUUGGUUCUGUUGCGCCUACCCGACUCAAUCUUCCUGGCAACAAGCCAUCCUGGCGUGAUCGGGAAGCAGCGAGAUCCUCUUCUCAAACCCCCAGUGCCACUGAGGCUGAGUCUGUCCCAGCACCGAGGAGGACCGGGUAUAUCCCGCCUGCACUACGUCGCAACGCAGAAGGAAGUCCAGCCCCAUCGGCAUCCGGAUGGCGGGAGCGCGAGGGAAGCGGGCGUGGUCGUGAAGGUCGCAAUGAAUCUCCUGCCACUGGCGCUGGUCGCUAUGAGCGUCCUAGCGCUCGUAGCAGUGUACGCGACAUUGGUGAUAAGGUCAGAACACAGUCCCCAGCCACAGGAGGAGGGUAUGUACCUCCGGCACGUCGAGGCAUGCAAGAUGGUGCUCGUGGACGGGAAAGCGAGAGGGAGGAGAGAGAGCCGAGAGAGCCACUUCCUGCAACUCAGGUCCCUAGUGAUGGGAAAUACAGACCGGGUGCCUUUAGGAGCAGACGUGAAGGCUAAUUGACUAGAACAGUCAAAACAUUAACUGAAAAAAGGGGGGUUAAGGUUGAUGCUGUGUUGAACAGUUUUGGUACAGCAAGGUGUCGUCGACUCGGUAAAUACGGAAGUUUCCUAGAGAAGUUUCCUACAGGAGUUGGUCUGAGUGCUUUCUCUUAUCUAGCUGGAUUCAUGAAUCCGUUGUGUUUGUAGUUCCUCCUAAUUUUCAAAUUGCACGUCCAAUGUGCCUGCCACAGUGUGUGUUCUCUUCGGAGUAGCCACAAAAAUUCAAAGU